CCCCAAUGGUUUAAUCAAUAAUGAUAAAGUAAUUGCCAAUUACACCACUAAGGUAUUAGUAAUGGGUCAAGAGUAUGAACAAUCGACUACUCAUAUCGAAACUUUAAAACAUUUAGCCGAAGAAGUUGACAAAGUUCAUGAAUUUAUCGUUAAAAGAAUUGAAACUGAAACUAAUUUAGAUAAAUUUCCUUCUGAGGAAGAAAUAAAAUCGUCCUAUCAAGAAAAAAAAGUCCCAGAUACUCACCAGCGAAUUGCUUACGAUAAUGGGUGGGCCACUCCUUCUGAAAUCAAAGACAGCAAAAUUGCUUACCAAAACAUCGAAAAUAUUGAAGUCUUAAAAAUCAAAAAACAAGACAUCGAUCAAGAAAUAGCCAAGGUAGACAAUCUAGUUAAACAAAUAAACUCUUACAAAUAUUUACGAGAUUUAGACGCCAAUCAGUCUCAAAUAGAUAAACAAUUUGCUGAACUAAAAACUGACUUCCUACCGCCUAACAAAAGCCAAGAAAUCAAACAAGCCGAAGAAAAACAAAGACAAAAUCUCUACUACUAUUUAACCGACCCAAAAGACGGAGGCCUGGAAGAAGCCACCCUUAAAAAACUCUCCUCCAACUUACAAAACACUUGA